CUCGCCGUCGCCGCCGACGGCUCAACCCCAAGCGGUUUCAGUUCCUUUUAAAACUGCUCACACCUCCGAUCCGGGCAUAUCCAGUGGCUGGAGAAAGGAGAAAUCGCCGUUCAGGAAGCCGUGAUAUGGCAGCGAUAAUGACGCAACGAGGGAAGCCCCAGUCUCACCUUCCUCCCCGUGAUUUCUCUUCGCCUACCCCAAAGAGAUGGCCGAAACAGAGACUCCUUCAGUGCGAGGUGGACGUCGGACAAAGAAGAUCGGCUCCACAGUCUCCGGCGCAAGAUAGCCGGCUUCCGCUCCCGCUGAUCGGGGAUCGGGUGAUCGGCGACGAUGGAGAUAGCCUCAAGGAGCUCCGGGAGAAGCUGCUAGGCCAUCUCCGUGAGGCUGCUAACAAGAUGAAAGUCGAAAUGUCCCCCAUCAGUCCUGCCGCUCCGGCGUCAGAGAGAGCCGGUAAACCCAAGCUGGAGCCACGGCGGUCUGCCGCCGACAGUCAGAACGAUAAGCGUUGGAAUCUGAGAUCGAGGACGAACGCUAGAAGAACGUCGACAGCGCCACUGGCUUUACCUGCGAAGGCGUCGGAGAGAACGAUGCGUCUGAGAUCGGAGCAUUCGGAGAAGGAAAAGAAGAAGCAGAGAUUCUCGAUCUCGCUCUCCCGGGAGGAGAUCGAAGAGGACAUCUUCGCUUUCACGGGAUCCCGGCCCCGACGCCGGCCGAAGAAACGGCCGAGGAACGUCCAGUGGCAGCUUGAUGCGCUCUUCCCAGGGUUCUCACUGUCGGAGAUCACGCCGGAGCUUUACAAAGUCGCCGAAUAGGAUUUUACCGGCGAGUUUAAUCUCACUGACGGUGACUACAUCGCGCUGCUCCGCAUCCUUUUUCCAUCCUUCAACAUGGAAUGAGAUUGACCGUAGUUGUUGAGCUUUUGUAUGGAAAAUGGAAUUGGCAAAAUAAUAUUUAUUUUAUAUUUAAUAUUAUAUGAAUUCAAUUAAUAU